AUGCCUGACCCUCAGGCGAAUCAGCUUCAACAACCUCAGCUUCAACAACCUCAGCAACCUGUUCCUGUUGCUCAACAAGCCGUUCCUGGUACACCCCCAGCAUUACAACCUGUUCAGCAAACUGUUCCUGCAGCACAAGUGGACAGAGUGUCAGUCAAACUACCUCCUUUUUGGAAGAACGAUCCGAAAUUAUCGUUCAUACAAUUAGAGGCUCAGUUCCAAUUGUCUGGGAUUAACCGAGACAUUACAAAGUAUAAUCAUGUAGUGAGUGCAAUUGAUACUGAAAUUUUACAACAAGUAGCUGACUUUGUCACAAACCCACCUAUUACUCAUAAGUAUGAAGGUAUCAAAGAUCGGCUGAUUAACACCUUCUCAGAUUCCAAUGAAAGAAAACUUCGCAAGCUUCUAUCUGAGAUAGAAUUGGGUGACAAGAAACCAUCUCAAUUACUCAAUGAGAUGAUCAGGUUAGGUAGUAACUCAAUACCUGCUGACCUUACAAAAACAUUAUGGAUGCAGAGACUACCAACUCACAUCCAAUCUGUUUUGACUACAAGUUCUGAUUCUAUUGAAAAUCUGGCAAAAAUGGCUGACAAGAUAGCAGAAAUUGAACAACCUAGAACAUUCGCAGUGGAACAAAAUCAAAAUAACCUAACAGGUGUCAUACAACAGUUAGUACAGGAAAUUGCAGAGCUUAAAGCAAACUACAAUAAUCUUGACAAUAGUGGUGGUAGUAGAACAAGGAGCCGUAGUCUAUCACGCCCACCUCGCAAAAGAAGUGUUUCUGGUGAUGCAGAUAAUGUGUGUUGGUACCAUUUCAACUAUAAGCACAAGGCACGAAAAUGCAUUGCCCCCUGCAAAUUUCAAGACCAGCAGGAAAACAGUCCACCGCGUCAGUGA